AGGAGGAGGAGGGUGUUUGAGAGGAGACCAGUCGCCGGUCACUUUGGAGUCAGCCGCCAAACGGCAAACUCUGGAAAGAAGCACGCGCUCGUCUCUCCUCUCUUCGGUGUGUCUCGCGGAUCUGCGCAGCAGUGUGUGUGUGUUUCCCGUGGAGCUAAGAUAGAGAGCGAGAGAGAGACACACACACACACGUCGGAGUUUCCGGACGCGGCCAUUUCUCUAAACCCUGCACGGAUCUGCGAUGGCACUCACCAGCAGCAAGAGUGUGUCUUGAGAAGAAAAAAAAAAAAAACCGAAAAGUUGCCGCGGGAACGCCUCGCGGACGCCUCGCGCUCACGCGGGAUUUAAAACGACUUGGAUUUUUUUCUUUUAUUAUUUAAUUCCGUGACAACGUUUUGUGGAAUUUCUGCGUUUGGGUUUGCAUUCAUCACCCCAGAUCCAAAAGAAAAAGUGUCAAGCGGAGUUUGCUGUGCGACUGUGCAUAUCUCUCUCUGUGUGUGUGUGUGUGUGUGUGUGUGUGUGCGCGCGCGCGCGCGCGUGUGUAUGUGUGUGUGUAUCUGUAGCUAUCUAUCCGCAACGUGCACGCGACUGCGGCGGCAGCGGCGGAGGUGCUGGUGGUGAAGUCCAAACCCGCAGCACAGGUCCAUAAUGUCCUCAAACUCAAGACAAGCCUGAACAUCAAUCUUCUGCAAACACUUGACUUGAGACCUGCUUCUGCACCAUACUGUCAGGACAAUGGCUUCCCAGCAUAGAAAAUUGAACUGUUUAUUGGUUUCUUGCUGCUUUGUUUUUUUGCUUCCCCUCGCCACCUCAAGGCCACAACAGCCUUCCAUUGCAUCCAAAGUGAAUGAGCACUACAGAACUUUCCAUGCUGAGAACCCAGAAUGGACUUUUAACCACUUGGCAGUGGACUACAGAAACGGGAACGUGUACCUCGGUGUGGUAAACCGCAUUUAUAAGCUCUCACAAGAGCUAGACGUGCUGGUGUCGCACCAAACCGGCCCAGAGGACGACAACCGCAACUGCUACCCACCGCGAAUCGUGCAGCCCUGCAGUGAGCCACUGACGCUCACCAACAAUGUCAAUAAAAUGCUACUAAUUGACUACAGAGCAAACCGGCUGCUAGCCUGCGGGAGCCUCUACCAAGGUAUCUGCAAGCUGCUUCGCCUGGACGACCUCUUCAAGCUUGGAGAGCCCUUUCACAAGAAAGAGCAUUACCUCUCGGGUGUCAACGAGAGUGACUCCGUUUUUGGCGUCAUCGUGUCUUAUGGUGACUCCUCACCUGACAAGCUGUUUGUGGCCACGGCAGUGGACGGGAGGCCCGAGUACUUCCCGACCAUCUCGAGUCGCAAACUGGCUCGCAAUUCAGAGGAGGAUGGCAUGUUCGCCUACGUCUUCCAUGAUGAGUUUGUGGCCUCCAUGAUCAAGAUCCCGUCAGACACCUUUACCGUGGUGCCCGAUUUCGACAUAUAUUACGUGUAUGGCUUCGCCAGUGGCAACUUCGUCUACUUCCUAACACUGCAGCCAGAGAUGGGCGGCGGUCCAGCUGCGGGUUCGUCCUCGGCCAACCGGGAACAGGUGUUCACUUCCAAACUGGUGCGACUCUGCAAGGACGACACGGCGUUCAACUCGUAUGUAGAAGUUCCGCUUGGUUGUGUCAAGGGUGGUGUGGAGUAUCGUCUUCUGCAGGCAGCCUACUUGUCUAAGGCAGGUGCCAUCCUGGCUCGCUCGCUGGGUGUGGGACCGGAUGAUGACAUCCUUUAUGCUGUGUUCUCCAAAGGCCAGAAGAGGAGGCCAAAAGAAACGUCUCAAGAGUCGGCCUUGUGCGUGUUUGCCCUGAAGGAGAUCAAUGAGAGAAUUAAAGACAGGCUGCAGUCCUGUUACAAAGGAGAGGGCACGCUGGAUCUGGCCUGGCUCAAAGUGAAGGAUAUUCCCUGCAGCAGUGCGCUCCUGACAAUUGACGACAAUUUCUGCGGACUGGAUAUGAACGCGCCGCUCGGGGUGUCCGAGAUGGUCCGCGGGAUUCCGCUGUUUUCCGAGUCCAAUGACAAAAUGACCUCGGUGAUUGCCUACGUCUACAAGAACCACUCGCUGGCCUACGUAGGCACCAAGAGCGGCCGGCUGAAAAAGAUCCGGGUAGACGGACCAUCCCACGCCACUUUUCAGUAUGAAACGGUGCAAGUGGUGGAAAACGGGCCGAUCCUGCGCGACAUGGCCUUCUCGGCUGAUCAGCACUUCCUGUACGUGAUGUCCGAGACCCAGCUCACUCGUGCUCCAGUAGAGGCUUGUGAGCAGUACUCAUCCUGCAAUGAGUGUCUGGGCUCCGGGGAUCCUCACUGCGGCUGGUGUGUGCUGCACAGCAUGUGCACCAGAAAGGAAAAGUGUGAGAGGUCAUCUGAACCACGUCGCUUCACCUCGGACAUCAAGCAGUGUGUCAGGUUGAGCGUGCACCCCAGCAACAUCUCAGUAUCCCAGUACAGUGUCACGCUCGUUCUGGAAGCCCACAAUGUUCCUGAGCUUUCCGCAGGAGUGAACUGCACCUUUGAGGACCUGGCUGAGAUGGAUGGACUUGUGGAAGGCAAUCGCAUCACUUGCAGCUCUCCUGCUGAGAAAGAGGUCCCACGCAUCGUUGUAGACCAAGGUGACCAUCAGAUUGUGCAACUCUACCUCAAGUCUAAAGAAACAGGACUAGCUUUUGCCAACACAAGCUUCGUCUUCUACAAUUGCAGUGUCCAUAAAUCUUGUCUUUCUUGUGUUGGAAGCCCAUACCAAUGUCACUGGUGCAAGUACCGUCACAUCUGCACCCAUGACCCACGCAGCUGCUCUUUCCAAGAGGGACGGGUCAAGCAGCCAGAGGAAUGUCCCCAGCUGCUUCCCGCUGAUCGGAUCCUGGUGCCAGUGAACGUUGUGAAGCCCAUCACCCUGCGUGCCAAGAACUUGCCCCAGCCGCAGUCGGGCCAGCGUGGUUACGAGUGUGUGCUCACCAUCCAGGGGGUGGAGCAGAGAGUCCCCGCCCUCCGCUUCAACAGCUCCAGCGUGCAGUGCCAGAACACCUCAUACUCAUAUGAGGGGAUGGAGAUGAGUAGCCUCGCUGUGGAACUGAUGGUCAUCUGGAAUGGAGAUUUUAGCAUCGACAACCCGGCCCAAAACAAAGUACACCUGUAUAAAUGCGACGCGAGGCGUGAGAGCUGUGGUCUGUGCCUGAAGGCUGAUCCGCUGUUUGGUUGUGUGUGGUGUAAAGGGGAGAAGCGCUGCACUCUCAAACAGCACUGCCCUCAUCCACAGAGCAUGUGGCUCGAACACAACGGCAUCAACAGCAAGUGCACACACCCAAAGAUCACCAAGAUUACCCCGCUGCGAGGGCCUCGGGAAGGGGGUACAUUGGUGACGAUCCGUGGAGAGAACCUCGGCCUGGAUUUUCACGAGAUCCAGGGCAACGUUAAGGUGGCCAACGUUGAGUGCACACCUGUACCAGAGGGAUACAUCCCUGCUGAACAGAUCGUAUGCGAGAUGGGAAAAGCCGAGUCGAGUCAUUAUGCCGGAAAUAUCCAAGUCUGCGUAGGGGAUUGUCAGCCCGAGUUCAAGGCCGAGUCCUCCAAGUACUACUACUUUGUGGUCCCCAGACUGCACUCUCUGAAGCCCAGCCGCGGUCCCGUAUCCGGAGGCACCAUCGUCAACAUCACAGGAAGCAAUCUGGACUCCGGAAGCAACGUGUCCAUCAUGUUCAAGGACCAGAAGUGCACUUACCACAGACGAGGGGGUCAGUGGAUCACGUGUCGCUCUCACGCGUCGACUCAAGGCACCGGGGAAGUAACCGUAUCUGUGUAUGUAGACAAGGCCCACAUCCAGAAGGACCUCCAUUUUGAGUACGUAGAAGAUCCGACCAUCACCAAGCUGGAACCAGAAUGGAGCAUUUUCAGUGGAAACACACCAGUGACCGUGACCGGAACCAACCUGGACAUCAUCCAGAACCCACAAAUCAGAGCCAAGUACAACACCCAGGAGACAACCAACUUUUGCCAGGUGCUCAGUUCCACCACGAUGCUGUGCCAAGCCCCAGCGCUGCCCGGUGGCCUGAGCAGGCAGAAGGAAGUAGUGGAGAAACCUGACGAGUUCGGUUUCAUCCUCGACAACGUGCAAGCUGUGUUGGCUCUCAAGAACAUCAACUUCCUGUAUUACCCCAACCCCGUGUUCGAGCCUCUCAGUGCAUCUGGAGUGCAGGAGCUCAAGCCUGGAUCUCCCAUUAUUCUGAAGGGCCGGAACUUCCUCCCCCUUACCCCCGGUGGCAACGGCAAACUGAACUACACCGUUCUGAUCGGAGAAAAGCCCUGCGCAUUAACCGUAUCUGACACCCAGCUGCUGUGUGAAUCGCCAAAUCUAACUGGACGUCACAAAGUUCUGGCGCGUGUGGGUGGCAUCGAGUUUUCCCCUGGUGUGGUCCACAUCACCUCCGACAGCCCCCUCAGCAGCACUGCUAUCAUCAGCAUCACCGGAGCCGGAUGCCUUCUCAUCCUCUUCAUCAUCAUCGUACUCAUUGCCUACAAGCGCAAGUCCCGCGAAAGUGACCUGACCCUAAAACGCCUGCAGAUGCAGAUGGACAACCUGGAAUCCAGAGUGGCGCUGGAGUGUAAAGAAGCAUUUGCAGAGCUGCAGACAGAUAUUAAUGAGUUGACCAGUGACCUGGAUGGAGCGGGGAUCCCGUUUCUGGACUACAGAACCUACACCAUGCGUGUUCUCUUCCCUGGCAUCGAGGAACAUCCUGUUCUUAGAGACCUGGAGGUGCCAGGCUACAGGCAGGAGCAGGUAGAAAAGGGUCUGAAGCUUUUUGGGCAGCUGAUCAACAACAAGGUGUUCCUGCUGACCUUCAUCCGUACGCUGGAGUCUCAGCGAGGCUUCUCCAUGAGAGACCGCGGCAACGUGGCCUCGCUCAUCAUGACCGUGCUGCAGAGCAAGCUGGAGUACGCUACUGACGUCCUCAAACACCUCCUGUCCGACCUCAUCGACAAGAACCUGGAGAGCAAGAACCACCCCAAGCUGCUGCUGCGCAGAACGGAGUCUGUUGCGGAGAAAAUGCUGACGAACUGGUUCACGUUUCUCCUCUACAAAUUCCUAAAGGAGUGUGCUGGCGAGCCCCUGUUUUCCCUCUUCUGCGCCAUCAAGCAGCAGAUGGAGAAAGGCCCUAUCGACUCCAUCACAGGGGAGGCGCGCUACUCUCUCAGCGAGGACAAGCUCAUCAGGCAGCAGAUCGACUACAAGACACUGGUGGUGAAUUGCAUUCACCCGGACAACGAGAAGAGCCCAGAGAUUCAGGUGAAAGUACUGAACUGUGACACAAUCAGCCAAGUGAAGGAGAAGAUCCUGGAUGCCAUCUACAAGAACGUUCCUUAUUCCCACCGCCAAAAAGCCUCGGACAUGGAUCUAGAGUGGCGUCAGGGCAGAGGGGUUCGGAUCAUCCUGCAGGACGAGGACAUGACCACGAAGAUCGAGAGUGACUGGAAGAGGCUCAACAUGCUGUCUCAUUACCAGGUAUCUGAUAACGCACUGGUGGCCCUCGUACCAAAGCAGGUCACUGCGUACAACUCUGUUAACAACUCCACUGUCUCCAGGACGUCUGCUAGCAAAUACGAAAACAUGAUCAAAUACACAGGCAGCCCAGACAGCCUGCGCUCUCGUACACCCAUGAUCACACCUGACCUGGAAAGUGGAGUCAAAGUUUGGCACCUGGUGAAGAACCACGAGCACGGAGACCAGAAGGAGGGUGACCGAGGCAGCAAGAUGGUCUCCGAGAUUUACCUGACCAGACUGCUGGCUACCAAGGGCACGCUGCAGAAGUUUGUGGACGACCUGUUUGAGACCAUCUUCAGCACGGCACACAGAGGAAGCGCCCUCCCCCUCGCCAUAAAGUACAUGUUCGACUUCCUGGACGAGCAAGCCGACAAGCACGGCAUCCACGACCCUCACGUCCGGCACACAUGGAAGAGCAACUGCCUACCUCUGAGGUUUUGGGUGAACGUGAUUAAAAAUCCCCAGUUUGUGUUCGACAUCCAUAAGAGCAGCAUCACGGAUGCCUGCUUGUCUGUCGUGGCGCAGACCUUCAUGGACUCCUGCUCCACAUCCGAGCACCGCCUGGGUAAAGACUCGCCCUCCAACAAGCUGCUGUACGCCAAGGACAUCCCCAGCUACAAGAGCUGGGUGGAGAGAUAUUACUCGGACAUCGGUAAAAUGCCUGCCAUCAGCGACCAGGAUAUGAACGCUUACCUGGCCGAGCAAUCCCGUAUGCACAUGAACGAGUUCAACACCAUGAGCUCCCUCAGUGAGAUCUAUUCGUACGUGGGAAAAUAUGCAGAGGAGAUUGUGUGCGCACUGGAGGAGGACGACGGUGCCAGGAAACAGAGACUGGCCUUCAAGCUGGAACAGGUGGUCGCCUUCAUGAGCCUGGAGAGCUGAGGACCUCGUUUCCCAGAGCGCACUGGGACCGCCGUCAGAAAACUAGGGUGGAAAAAAAAAAAAACCGAGCCGUGCCUGAGCACCUGUACAUCUUCUGUUUUCUCGCAAACUUCAUAUCAACCAAGCAACCAAGAAUCCGCAUCACAUUAACGCUCUGCUUCCUAGAUGAAUAGAAAACGGGCCAAGGAGCUGGAGACUGCUACGGUACCCAUGAUGCAACAGGGUCGGAGGGAGGGUUUGGGUCUCUGGAUGUGCUGCCUGCGAAAAAAAAACCCUCUCUCCUUCCCCUGGGAAAAUGUUUUUUUUUAAAUAAUAAUGUUACGUUUAUGUUGCCUUUAAAAAUAUAGCUGUUAAGCAAAGUGUUUCACAUCCACAACGUUGGUGUUCUCGUUUUAUUGACUUGGGUUGUGUGUGAAACUACGAUAAGAGUCUAAUUGUAGUACCAAAACACAGAAAGAACGUGCUUUUGGUACAUUAUCCGACCGGAAAAAACUUGAAGUCCGUCGAGUUUACAAGACAGAAAAUGAGAGAGAGAAAAAAAAAGACACACUGGGAACAUUCAGAGAUCACGGCACGUCUGAUACGCUGACUGUGUGUGACACGUUACCAAACUGGACCUUUGUUACGGAAACGAGCGCAAGGUAAAAAAUAUUACAGGUUUGCCUCUGAUGAAAGCACACACACACUAUCUUUCUCUCUCUCUCUCUCUCUCUCUCUCUCUCUCACACACACACACACACACACCUUAGUCCAGCUGUGAGGGCUUCCUCUGGGCUUUUUUUGGGUGAGGUUUAAGGAUCAUCGUCCUCUAAAACAAGCACACGUUCUGUAGCUGCCUCAGAUUCAUAACCUCUACUAGAAUUAGUCCGAUACUGGGAUUGUUGUGUCGUGCGUAAGAAACGAGUCGUUCACUGCCACAGAGUUCGCAGUUACACAAAUUACAUGAGGAAUGAAAAAGAAAAAAGAAGAAGAAAAAAAACCAAAGGAGAUGAUGUGAUGAAGGUGCACUUUUUAUUUAGGUGGCAGAAACCCAGACACGCAACCAAAGGUCUUUCUGCUAUCUGUUCCUCGGGGAAAAAAAAAAAACGUCCUCGUUGGCAAGACUUCGUUGUUCGUACAGUACGUGAGGAAGCCAUGUUAAGUGGACACUUCUUUGGCAGCAUCCUCAGCUGGGGAAAAUCCCCCGAAUGGCAACCUGUGACAGAGACUCUGAAACGAUGGACUGAAGAAAAAAAAAGAAAAACAAGAAGUGAUAGAAACCUCUGAAGCACCGUUCUGUCCUUCAGCCUCUGACCUUUGACCUUUCUUUUGCCUUGACAGAGUGCUCCAUGUGGUGAUUUGAGACCAAUGUGUGGAGAUCCACCUUUGGGUACUUUAUCGGCUUUUUUUUAAGCGCAUGUACUUCGAUUUAAACUUGAUUAAAAAUGAAAAUUAAAAAAAAAUUAAAAAAAAAAAAAAACAACACACACACACACACACACACACACACACACACACAACGGAACCUUAGAGAAAAAUAAGCCUUGUUAAAAAGAUGAUGUGGAUGUGUUCUUUUCUUUCUUUUGCUUGGAAGAACAAGACAGGGAGAUGAAGAAAAAAAUUUAAAAACAUUUUAAAAAGCGACCAUCUAAAGCCACAACUUCUGUUAAGGUGGAAUCUUUAUCCGACUCAGCCGGUCAUCCUCAUGUUUUCGUGAAAGUGUUAAAUAAACAGUUAUACUACUGAUAAUAAGAUCGAUACCGUAAUCGAGUAUAGUAUAUUAUACCCUUUGCAUGUUGACCUAUUUGGAUGUUAUGAAAUGAAACUGCCUUGCAAUCGAAGCUAUUUAUCUGAUACUACUAGGAACUUCUGAAUUUUAAGAAAACUCUGUUUUGUUUAGAUGAUCAACAGUUAGACGUCACGUCAGCAAUCAUCUGUCAUGAAGAAACGCCACAGUCCCUCAGGUAGAUUAUUUAGCCGUUAGCCGUUAUCGUUCAUGUUCGCGUUGAACAGCUGCACAAUACACGUUACUGUUACUGCUGCACCAUGAAAAACAUGCAAAUGCACCCUUUCGUUGUUUUUUGUUUUGUUUUGUUUAUAUAUAUAUAUAUAUAUAUAUAUAUAUAUAUAUAUAUAUAUAUAUAUAUUCCAUCCCACAUCGAUUCCCUGACCAGGACUGUUUACUGGAAUUUUUUGUAAAUUUUUUUUUUUUUUUUUUUUAAGUAGCUAUUUUUAAUUUUGUGGUGCUUCACUCUUAGAAGAAAAAAAAAAGAAAAAAGAUUUGGAUGGUUGUUAUGUCGUUCAGUUCAAUUCAAAAAGCUUAUCGUCGUUAUUCUGUUAAAAACACUGUCACACAAAACAUUACGAUAAAUAUACAGUAAGUGCUGGUACAAGAGAACAACACAAGUCAGUGCAACCAAGACAGAUGUAAGGCAAUUAUUGCACUUGUGACAAAGGUUCUCAAAAAGGUUCUCGUCUGGAACCCUUCCUGAUAGUGCUGUAGGGUUCUACACGGAACCGUUCAUACACGGACCGAAGAAUUCCUAAGGCUGAUUUCACACUUGACGGUCUGUUUGUUUGUUUGUUUUUUCCUCGGUUGCACUCUCGCAGUCUCUAUGCUUCUACAGGAAGCGGCCAUUUUGUAAAAAAAAAAAAAAAAAAAAAAAAAAAUUAAAUAACUGCACUGCUGCUUACAUUCUAUUGGUCGCAGCGAAGCUUACACGGCUGAAAGAAGUUAAACGUUUAAAGAGUAACGAGUGACAUCAAGCACUUUUUUUUGCUUUUUUUUUGCUUUUUUAACCUCCUGACCAAUCAGGUCACACGUUGGGGGAUAAAAAAUAAACAUCAAGGACAAAGCGCUGGGAAAAAUGACUGUUGGUAGUGAGGAGAUUUGCAUACGACGUGUUGAAUUGAAAAUAUUUUGUCGCCGGUGUUCCGGUUAAAAAUGUAAACGUGUUUAGGUUUAGGACCUUCCCCGAUGUACAUGACGUGACCUUCGUUUACCUGUGGCUGUAUACGGUGAAGCCGCAACAAGCAGCUCAAACUCUGGUGAUGUUCUGCCUCUGAAUCUACAGCAAAGGCAAACAACCUCCUCGUCACCAGAGUUCAGCAUCUGUUAGUUCAAAUCUAAUCUGGAGAGCAAGUUACGUACGACAGUUACGUAGCUGAUACUAGCUAGGCCUGGGAGGAGUGUUGCUAUGGUUACAGUUUUCAUAUCAGAUACAGAAAACGGUAUAAAAACAGCCUCAAGGCCUAAAGAUGUAACCUUUCGUUUCAAUCAAUAUCACGAAUAUAGUCUAAUUUAUCUAAUAUUUUUCAUUAUGAGAUUACGAUGAAAUAAAUCUGAGACGAUUAUUCUUCUUACUUCCGUUCGGAUUUCUUUCAAGCUUGUAACAUCUUGUUUUUUAUCGCAGAUAAUUGUGCUUCUUUUUCAGAAAUAAAGGAUUCAAAUAAGCGAAGUUGUCUGACGAUAAAACAAGUUUAUAAAUGAGUGAAAAUGUCUAGAAAUAAAGCUUAACAUCCGUGUAUUUGUUUUAGUUUUAUUUUAAUCACACACUGUAAAACCAGAUAAAAUACAUUUAAAUAUAAAAAAUAAAUGUAACUUAAACUUGUUAUAUUUAAGUGUAUUUGGCUUAAAGAAAUUAAAAUAUCAACUUAUUUUGAGGUAAUUAGUUUCCUCACAUUUUUUGAGUGAAAUCAACUUAUCCGGUUUUACAGUGCAUAAUGAGAUAUUUUUGAUCAGUUUGACCAUACCCAAGAUAUUUUUCUACAUGGUAAGAUUUACACUUUGGCGUGCUCAACUGGGUUUUUUUUUUUUUUUUCUAAGAGUGCAUUGGUUAUAGUAAAGCACCAGAUGAAUGUAAAUACUGUAGGUCCUGAUUGACUUUGCCUAGAAACGUAGUGAGUUUUCAUUUGGUUUGUAAUUCUGUUUUGUUCCUGUGACUGGUUUGAGCUCUGGUCUAAAGUGUCUUGAAGAGUCACUGAAACACACAGGGGUAUCAGGAGGCAGAGCUCUGACGCGGACGUUCCGAUGUCCUGAUGUAAAAAUAUCCGGCAAGUAGUCCUGCUUUACAUUUUGACGCACCGUAAAUGAUGUGAAACUCACGAGUUCUGAAACUCAGAUUCCGAUCCUUCAGUCCCAAGCGAGAGGAGGAUUCGGAUUAACCGUCAGUCACAGUAUUAGGAUGAAAAACCACUCGAAUCCGUUUGAAAGAAAGCGACUGCCUCCGUGAUACGCCUGUGUCCUGUUUUUUCUAUCCAUCUUUUAUGUACUGCCACGUGUCAUUGGCUGAACCCCAGCCUUCUGUCUGUCUGUCUGUCUGUCUGUCUGUAACGGACCUGAUAAAGCUUCCACCUUUAACAUUUUGUAAGACUUAAAAAUGUCCUUCUAGCUCAGUGUUAUAGCAGGUGUUUCAGAAACCCGUUAGAAAAGACUUUUACUAUUUCCAUAUCGGAUGAGAGAUAACAGAAUUAUCCUGACAGGAAGAUGAGGAGGACGAGGAGGAGGAGGAGAAGUGAGACGGGCGGAAAGGCGAGCUUCUCUAACUUUGUUAUAAUUAAUUGUAUACCUGUGUAUGUAAAUAUAAUGCAUUCCUAUUUUGCAGUCAAGGACAAAAUACUAUUUGUAAAAUAGAAUAAACUUUAUUAUGAAAAAUG